AUGAAUGACUCUCAAAAUAUAAAAUCAAAUACAACGGUUCAAACUACUAUUAGUUAUAGACUUGAUACUUGGUCACAAUAUGAUAAUCCUGAGGAAGGUACGCAUCAAGAGGGUGAUAUUAAAAUAUCAAAUACUCGAAAAACAUUUACAGCAUUUAAAGAUAAAUUGUGGCCAAAUGGAAUUGUGUACUACACUGUAGAUGAACUUAUUGAAAAUAAUCCGCAAGCAUUUUAUAUUCUACAAGAAGCAAUGAUGAUAAUAAUGGACAGAACGUGUAUUAAAUUUCAACGAAUUUAUCCAAAUGCAAAUGGGGAAUAUUCAGUUGAAAGUUGGGUUAAUAUUAUAGGAAACAGGAGAGGAUGUUAUUCUGAUUUAGGACGUAAUCCAAUUAGUCAUGCCCUUCAUGAAAUAUUGCAUACGUUAGGCGUUUAUCAUGAACAUAUGAGACCAGAUCGUGAUGAAUACAUAUAUAUUUUAUGGGAAAACAUUAGAGAAGGAACUCAAUUUAAUUUUAAACUGUUAGAUGCUAAUACAGUUAAUUAUUAUGGGUUGCCAUAUGAUUAUAGUAGUAUAAUGCAUUAUUCAAUGACAGCGUUUUCUAAAGAUAGGUCCUUAGCAACAAUAGUACCCAAGAUACCAAAUGUAGAAAUUGGUCAAAGAUUAGGAUUAUCUUAUUAUGAUAUCAAAAAAAUAUUAAUAACAUAUGAAUGCAGUCUAAUGUAUUACGAUAAGAAUGACAAAUUGUAUCAGGAGGAAAAUAAUGGAACUGAAUUCAGUUCGUCAAAACUAAUUAAUAAUACAACUGAAGAACUACGUACAACAACAGAUAAUACUAUAAGUUCUAAUAAAAAAGUAGGAAUAUUUAUAAAUUCUACAUCAACUAGUGAACAUGAAUCAUUAAAUAAAACCGAUAAUUACUGA